UGACACCUUCCGCUAGCUCCCGCCCUCCCCCACCGAUUCCCGCCUGUUUCGAUUCUCCUCUUCGGUCUCGAGUGGCGGAGAGUUUCGGGGAUCCGGUUUGGCUCGCCUUUCUCCCUAGAGAGCAUCCGGUCCGGCUCGGUGGUGCGUCCUCGGCCCGAGGCGGUUCUCUGACUGCAGGCCGCAGGGAGCGUAAUCACGACCGCGGCCGGAGGGGGAGGGAGCACGCGCGGGGAGGGGCGUGACCGUCACGUGACAAGGAAGUGCCGUUAACAGCGCUUUCCUCUGGUCCCUGGCGCCCUUGGAUGACGUUGCAAGGGAGGGGCGGGGCCAUAGCGUGUCUGAGGUUCAGGUUCCGCUGUCAAGGUGCGUUGAGUGUCUGUGGAGCCUGCUAAGGAAAGCGAUCUCUGGUCUUUGGGGGCGGAUCACGGCCGGCUAGUCCCCCUGAGAUUCUAUGAGCCUGGCCUGGGAAACCUGCUUCCUGGACUUCUCCAGAGUAACAUCUGCGGUUUAAAGUCAGGGCGGUUUAAAAGUUAGUUGUGAUUGACGGGAGCUUUUUGUGGUCAGGGACUUGUUCUGCUACUACUCAUCCUUCAUCUCCUGCAGUGCCUCCAGGGCCUGGAACACGAGAGAAAUCCUGUGUCUUUCACAGAACAACCUUCAUCUUUCUGGCUAAAUGACUUUUGUGCCAGUGAUACCAGAAGCCCACAGCCAUGUUCUUGCUGAGUUUGAGUCCUUGGAUCCAUUACUCACAGCCCUGAGGCUGGACUCCAGUCGUCUGAGGUGUACCAGCAUAGCUGUGUCUCGGAAGUGGUUGGCAUUAGGCAGCACAGGAGGAGGACUCAAUCUCAUUCAGAAAGAUGGCUGGAAGCAAAGGCUGCUUCUCUCUCACCAGGAAGGGGCAAUCUCUCAGAUUGCCUGCUGCUCUCAUGAUGAUGAUUAUGUUGCUGUAGCUACCAGUCAAGGUCUUGUAGUUGUUUGGGAAUUAAAUCAAGAGCGCCGUGGGAAACCAGAGCGAAUUCAUGUGUCCUCAGAACACAAAGGCCGAAAAGUUACUGCCCUCUGUUGGGACACAGCUGUUUUGAGAGUCUUUGUAGGUGACCAUGUGGGCAAAGUAUCUGCCAUCAAACUCAACACUUUGAAGCAAGCAAAGGCAGCUGCUGCCUUUGUGAUGUUUCCUGUUCAGACAAUAAUAACAGUCGACUCCUGUGUUGUCCAGUUAGAUUAUUUGGAUGGAAGAUUACUUGUCUCUUCACUGACUCGAUCCUUCUUGUGUGACACUCAGAGGGAGAAGUUUUGGAAAAUUGGAAAUAAGGAAAGAGAUGGAGAAUAUGGGGCUUGUUUCUUCCCCGGAAGGUGUGCUGGGGGUCAGCAGCCUCUGAUCUACUGUGCCCGCCCAGGCUCCAGGAUGUGGGAAGUGAACUUUGAUGGGGAAGUGCUCAGUACACACCAGUUCAAGAAGCUCCUGUCAAUGCCACCCCUCCCUGUGAUCACUGCAAGGUCGGCGCUUCAGUAUGAUCCCACAGCUGGAUCCCCCCAGUCUCUGGCAUUCCCCAAGCUCUUGCACCUUAGUGAACACUGUGUGCUGACUUGGUCAGAAAAGGGAAUUUAUAUUUUCAUUCCUCAGAAUGUUCAAGUUCUUCUUUGGAGUGAAGUCAAGGAUAUUCAGGAUGUAGCUGUCUACAAGAACGAAUUGUUCUGUUUACACAUUAAUGGGAAAAUCUCACAUCUUUCCCUGUUGUCUGUGGAGCGCUGUGUAGAACGCCUGUUAAGGAGAGGCCUGUGGGACCUGGCUGCUCACACAUGUUGUCUCUUCCAAAAUUCUAUUAUUACCAGCAGAGCAAGAAAAACAUUGACUGCAGAUAAAUUGGAGCAUUUGAAAUCUCAACUGGAUCUUACAGCCUACAGUGAACUGAUUUCUCAGCUGGAUGAUUUGAUCUUAAAAUUUGAGCCUUUGGAUUCAGCGUGCAGUAGUAGAAGAAGCUCCAUUUCAUCACAUGAGAGUUUUAGCAUCUUGGACUCUGGUAUUUAUCGUAUCAUCAGUAGUAGAAGAGGCAGUCAGUCCGACGAAGAUUCUUGCUCCCUUCACAGCCAGACCUUCUCAGAAGAUGAGAGACUUAAAGAGUUUGCAUCACACCAGGAAGAGGAUCAGCCAGAGCAGGGCUGUGGUGCAAACAGAAGUGAAGACGGUGCUUCCCACAGUCCAGUGAUGUCUGAGGUAGAUAAGAGUGAAGCCUUUCUGCCCUUCAGCAUUGCACUGCCAUUUCGUUCUCCAUCUCCCCUCAUGUCUCUUCAGGCUAUGAAAGACAGUGUUUCCAGCUUUGUGCGUAAAACUACUGAGAAGAUUGGCACCCUUCAUGCAAGCCCAGAGCUGAAAGAGACAUUUGAAUCCAAGGAUGCUGACCGAGCACAUGAAGAGGAAGUGAAUGCAGUCACCUGCUCUCUGGAGGAGGACACUGAGGAGAAAGAAAUUCAUCAACCUCCUGAAGAAGAUUGCCUUCAAGAACUCACAGCAGCGACAGCAGAAGCAAUGACCAAGUUACUGGACCCUCUGGUUCUGUUUGAGCCCAAGUUGCUAAGAAUGGUUUUACAUGAGUGGCUUUCACAGUUAGAAAAAACAUUUGCCAUGAAAGACUUUUCCAAUACCAGCAGUCUACCCGUGAAAUCAAACCUGGAUGUGCACCUGCUUGGCGAGUCAGAAAAGAGAGUAUUAGAUGAAGAGAAUGGAGAAGAAAGAAGGGUCUCUUUAGGUACUGAAGAAACUGGAGGUCAGAUAACCUGUGACCCUGUAAGCAGCCUUAGUGAGCCCUUGGCUGACAGUUUUCAAGUAUGUUCUCCAUACACCAUAGCAAACAGCCUUCGGAAGGACUUGUCGGAAUUGACAACUUUGUGCUUGGAACUGAACGUGUUGACUUCAGCGAUGGAAAGCUUAGGUGGGCAUGUGGACCAGGCUUUACAGCAGCUCUCUCCAGAAAUCCUGGCUUGUUGUUUCCUAAAGAAGUACUUUUUUCUCCUGGACUUGAAAAGAGCAAAGGAGAGUAUCAAGCUUACCUACGACAGCCCUUGCGUUUGGGAAACUUUUGUUGAAGGACUGAAAGAAAUGGCAAGUUCUAAUCCUGCCUAUGCAGAGAUGGAAGAAGGAGACCUGCCCACGGGGUUACAGUUACUGGAUGGCUCCGUCCCUUCUGAUAGUCCCUUGUUGAUUGCAUUUGCCACCCGGUUGUAUGAUAGAUUUGGGGAGUCUGCCCUUCGAGCCUUCAUCAAGUUUUAUCCGUCCAUCUCGCCUUCCGACAUCGCGCAGCUUUGCCGCCAUCAUCCUGCUCAGUUCUUGGCCUAUCUAGACAGCCUGGUGAAGUCCAGGCCUGAGGACCAGUGGCCAUCCUUCCUUGAGUUCCUUCUACAACCAGAAUCUUUAAGACUUGAAUGGCUGCUUUUGGCAGUGUCCCAUGAUGCUCCACCAAGCACAAGUACAGUGGAUGAUGAAGGACAUCCCAGGCCCCAUUCACACUUGCUUUCUUGGGGUUAUAGUCAGCUGAUUCUUCUUCUGAUUAAACUUCCUGCAGACUUUAUAACCAAAGAGAAAAUGACUGACAUCUGUAGGUCUUAUGGUUUCUGGCCUGGAUAUCUUACCCUCUGUCUGGAGCUGGAGAGGAGGAGGGAGGCCUUCACCAUCAUUGUGUGUCUGAAUGACCUAAGCCUGAUGGAAGGGGACAACGGGUGGAUCCCUGAGACCUUGGAGGAAUGGAAGCUUCUCCUACAUCUACUACAGACCAAGAGCACAAGGCCAGUUCCUCAGGAAUCACUAAAUGGGAGCCUCAGUGAUGGGCCUGCCCCCAUCAAUGUGGAGAAUGUGGCCCUACUGUUAGCUAAGGCCAUGGGCCCAGAUCGAGCCUGGUCACUGCUACAGGAGUGUGGUCUGGCCCUUGAGUUGUCAGAAAAGUUCACCAGAACCUGUGACAUCCUGAGGAUUGCUGAGAGAAGGCAGAGAGCGCUGAUACAAGGCAUGCUUGAGAAGUGUGACCGGUUCCUCUGGUCACAGCAGGCCUAGUGGGAGAUCUACUUUGACCAAAUGGAAUCCAGCUCUAGAACCUUCAGAGGGCUUUGCCACAGAAGGACACCCCAAACCAUGCCAUGACCAGUGCCAUGCUGCUGCAGCUGCUGAUGCCUCACCACCGCUUUGGCCCUUGGCUUUUGUGGCUCUGUGACCUCAGCAUUUCUCAAGGAAAGUUGGCUUUUGGAAGCAGUAGGUUGUCAUUCACUGGAAGCACGGGGGUGGGGGUAGGGUGCUCCCUGUUGUGUGGUAUUCUUUGUGUACACAGUGAAUCAGGGAGUUGGUUUCUACUGAGGCAGGUCUGUAGGAUGCAGAAGCUUUGUUACAGGAAGACAGAUAAUGUUCUAAACUGGAGUUCAGUACUCUCUCCUUUCCAUUUGUCUGAGGUGGCUACAAAUUUCUGAGUUAGGACCUGGAACAAUGGCAUUAUUCUUGUUGGCAUAUGUAAUAAAUAUUGAAGAUCCAAACUAGAGUUUUAAAUUAGAUUGUCCAUAUCUGAGUUGAGCUCAGUUUAAAGUAUUUUUCCAGUAUUUAUUUGAUAUUUUCUAAUCUAAGUCUAUAUAUAUACUGACUAAUCCCAGGAAAUAUAUUAUCUGUAAUUUUUGAAGAGCAGGUGACACUCAUGCCCUCUCUUUUAUUUUUUAUUGAGUUAUGCACUUUUUCCUUCCUUCCUUUUUUUGUGGAAACAGGGUCUUAAUUUGUAACCCUCACUGGCCUGGAACAUGUAGGUAUACCAGGCUGUCUCGACUUUAAAUAUCUACUUGCCUCUGCCUUCUGAAUGCUAGGAUUAAGGGUGUGUGCCAUCACACACAUUCUUAAAAUUUAUUUUAAAAAACCAUAGUAAAAGAAAGCCACACACUAAUAAAAACUGUAACAGAUGAUUGUAUUAGUCAGGCCAUGUAACCAGGUUGUCAGGUAUGAGGCUGACAUACCUGACUUUAUGUAGCCUAUUAUAUUGGUAAUAAAUGAUGAUGGUUUUCUUUAAACAGA